AUGGGCAUUGUGUACAUUCCCGUCCUAAAGAAAAAUGGAGUGUCGAUGUUUGACGAGUCCCUUCCAUCCCCGCUCUUUGGAAGGGUGACAGAGGAGGAGUGGAAGGAGAUCCUCGCUUAUCUCAACAAAGCUCUUUUCAAGCGCAGGAACAGGUCAGUAUUUAAGCUGCUAGCUCCCUUUAUAAUUGGAAACAUCUUCAGAGCCAUAGCACACUCCUACGUCGACAGAAAAGUAAAGAACUACCUGGACAAAAAGAACCUUAUGCUGAGCCACUGCGGCGUGCACAUACACCACCCUGCGGAAAGGAUGUACUCUGGCCUGGAUGUGUCUAUUUAUACAGUUGCUGGGUCGCCAUUUAAUAUGUAA